ACAGCAGCAGCAGCGCGAGCAUCACCGGCCGGCGGGAUCCAGACGCACUGAGCGAGGAAUACACACUGAUGAUGAAGAAGCAACAAAGGGAGAGGAUGGAAUAAGAAAGAGAAAAAGCAUUUUAUUGCUUCUCUUCCUACUUCUGUUUGGAGCAUCCCACAAGCAGAGCACCAGUGAAAACACAUACAUAUGAUAUAUAUAUAAAAUUCCUAUACAUAUAUAUCAAAUUAUGCCUGUUUUCAAAGAAGCUGCCGGACAAGGACUGAAUUGACAGAACAAAUCCAUUGCAUGACAAACAGGGAGAUAAUAUGCAGGAUUUGACUUAAAACUGUUGAAUAUUAGAUUUAUUUUUUUAUCUUUUUCGCUCAAAGGGGAAAAAGACAAACCAAUACAUUGAUGCAAAUGGAACAUUUGGAAAAACUGAGUUGUUGAAGAACAAAGAUCUUCUGCUGCAGGCAGUCCUAUAUUUCCAAGUGGGCUUCUUUUGAAAACAGGAUAUUUUUUUCUGAUCUGCCCUCAUUGCCACACGGCCGUUUGGCUGUCGCAUCUCCACUUGCCUCUCGUGCGUAUGGGCUGGGGAGCUUUAUUCCGCCGAGGCUUGCACAAGUGCGACACUGAAAGUGCAGAGGGCAGUCCACGGGCUCUCUGACCCCACGCUGAUAUUUCCUCAGCGACGACAAAAGCCCACACAGCUCGGGUUGAGAGAAAAAGGGUGAGGUAAGUUGCGGGGAGGGGGGGAAAGAAAGAAGCAGAAAAUAUUUUAAAAAGAGCAUUUAGGGAGAUCAAAAUGUAAACACAGAGAAACUGAGUCUAAAGAAGAACAAGGGAAAAAAACCCACUUAUUUUACAUAUUUACAUAUUUUACAGGGACGUGGAUGCAGCAACGCUAAGACAUUAAGAUCAGAGAUUCAGCGUCCCAACAUCAGCCCCCUUCCCCUCCCACCUCUCUCUUUCUCCUCCUCUCCCCUUAGUCUUAGCACUUGUAGGGCAGGCUGGUGUCCUGGGUCUGUCAGAUCCACAGAGAGGAGGGGUUCCUCUGGAGCAGCAACAGGAGUCGAGGACAAGAAGCCAUUGGACUCAUUGUGUGUCGCUUAGACAGCACUGUCACCAGGGGGGUUUGAGCUGCUGUGAAUGUGUGUGUGAGAGAGUGUGUGUUUGUGUGCAUGAGAGACAACACGCCUCAGGUGCGAUAGCUUUUGGACCCUAGGAUUUCAGCUUGACGAGACCCCGGAGUUAUGUUUUAAAGAAUAUUGCAGAGCUGUUGUUACCUGUUGGCUGGAAAUAGGAAGGACAUAUACCCUACGUGAUCUUUCCAAAACAAAAGAUCAACUUUCAAUCUCACUCCAAAAGACUGGAUCUACACAUCUCAAGGAGGGGGUUCACCACAGUGGAGCAAGGCGGCAGAGGAAGAAGAUGCCCACCACCAAAAUAAAAAAGCUUCUUUUGAACAGAGACGUUGAGAGUAGGAGGAAGACAGAUGUGAGAUAAGCUCUGAGAGGGAAAAUUGGAGGAGACACACAACAACACUCCACUCGAGCUUUUCCAGGACAUCUGAACUGAUUUGAGAUUUGUUAUCCACUCAGGAAUAGGAGUCUGUCUCCAGAGUGCAAAUCCUUUCAUGUGGGAGCCUGUGACUAUCUCUGAGUUUAAGAGGAAUCUUCCUUCUUUUUCUGCUAACAGUUUUCCACUUUUCACGGAUUAUUCUUCCACUCAGAAGGGGGGCUUAUUGCAGGAUGUGCCAGAGGCAAGUUCAUUCGUAGGUAACACGCCCUCUUAAACUAGAUUCCCUCCAAGCCAAACCGGAUUAGGAUUUGUCUACAACCGCCUCUGCUGUCUGCUGACGACAUAUGGCUUUGUGAAAGGAGCUUUACUAUCAUUACAAAUUACACAUCAGACCUACCAGAAGACACUGGCAUAGAUCCAAGAUGGCGCCCUCCGUGCAUCCGCUCUUGAUAAGCCUUUCCCUGGCCAUUCUCCUGGGACUGACCUCUUUCGGGGGACUGAACUCUUGGCCCUCAGGUCAAGUUUUGGCGCAGGUUCCUACGAACAACCAGACGACAGAGCCCUCUAUGAUACCUGAGGCCGCGCUGGCAACGCCGACACCGGAAGCAGAGGACAAAACGCUUCCGUCGAACGGUGGCCGUUGCUGGGGUUACUAUGACGUCAUGGGCCAGUGGGACCCGCCCUUCAACUGUAACGUUGGUGUCUACCUGUCCUGUUGCGGCUCCUGCUUCUACCGCUUCUGCUGCCAGUUCAAAAUCCACAGUUUGGACCAGACUGCCUGUUCCAACUAUGACACGCCGGUCUGGGCGAACACCGGGAAGCCGUCAGAACCCGUCACCGAGGUCCGAGAGGAGCCGGACAGAGAUCAGACCCACAUGAUCGUUUAUAUUAUUUGUGGAGUGGUGGCCAUCAUGGUGUUGGUCGGGAUUUUCACCAAACUCGGGCUGGAGAAGAGUCAAGGAGGACAGACCGACAUGACCAACUCCAGGACUCUGACAGAGCUCAUGAAGCAGCCAGGGGAGGCAGGGAUGGGAAUGGUGGAUGGAGCGGGGAUUCAUCAUCCAAUAGGAACCAACGGCAUCUCCGCCAGGGCGCUACGCUCCAACAAUGAUCAUAACCACUUGAACAACGCAGCCUUGUCUCCCCUGGGUCCCGCCAUGGCCUUGUCUCACCCUCACAACAACCUGGGCAUCGGCUUCAACAAGUACACCUCGCUCAAGGCCGUGGACACAGCCUCGAGAGACUACUACAAGAGCUACCCAAUGGUGGACUACACCCACCGCCAGUCACCUCCCACAUUCCAGCCAAUCAACUUCCACCCCAAGGACAAGCCCUUCCUCCCGCCGCCCGACAUCCACGCGCCACUGGCCAUCACCAUCAACGCCUCCCAGAUCCCCAAGCCUAAGAUCUCCAAGACCAACACCCACCCGCUCACCUCCAGCUCGGCCUUCAAAGCAUGGGACCCCAGUAAGAGCCACAUGCAGCACCCUGUGGCCUCGCACAUCGGCCUCCAGGGGCCCCAGCACCACCCCAUCCAGCAGCAGCAGCAGCACCACCCCAUCCAGCAGCAGCAGCAGCACCAGCAUCAUCAGCAGCAGCAGCAGCAUCACUCGCUGCAGCAGCACCAGCACGCGCUGCAGCAGCACCAGCACCAGUCGCUGCAGCAGCAGAACAGCCGGCGCAUGGCGUACUCCAACAAGAGGCAGUUCAGCAUCGAGACGCUGCCCGAGCUCUUCUCGCAGCCGCUGAGCUACAGCCACUCGCCGCACGUGCAUCCCAAGCACAAGGGACUGCCCACCAACAGCAAGACAGAGGUCACUGUCUGAACAUGGGGACGAAUGGGUUCACGGACAGAAGAGGAAACCAAGUGGAGUUGUAAGCAACUUCAAGGAAAUGCUCAGAUAUCUUUUAUAUCCACAGCCGUAAUGGCGAGAAAGGGGAGAAAGCAAAUAUCGUGUAUACUUUUUUUUACAUUUUCGUCAUCAUUGUUGACGACAAUAAUAAUAAUGUGAGUGAUAUUUGUGUACUAUUAAGACCACUGGAUCAAAGCAGUAGCAGAUAAGCUGUGAAGGUGGCGGAUCAGCAGGUGCUGGCUGUGACUCUUUGAACCCGGCCGCUAAAUAAUUGAGUGGCCUCUCAGUGUGUUGGCGCAGCUCUCUCCCCGUCUUCUCCCCCCUCGAAACCUCUCUGAUACUGCACCACCACACCAACGCACAAAUGCUCAAAUCCCACACACAGACACCAUUUACCCCACAAAGUAGCCCACAGACACGCUCUAUCUACUUUCUUUUGGGAGACUGUCAGAGAGGCUGGUUAGGGGGAGUGUUUCCCCGAAGACUUUGGCUCCCCAUCAGCAGAAACAAUGCCAUUGUGUUGUCAGCUCCCAUUGCCCUCCAGCACCUCCAGAGAGUGAGAUAUCAGCCUAGCAAUUCAUACCAGCGAGGGGGGGUGGAGCAGGGUUGGUUAUUCAUCUCAUUCCAGGGGCAAAUGAGAUGAGAAAUAUGUGAACCGCGUACACACUCAUGCACUACACACUAGUCAAAAACUACAGACGGUUCCCAGCGGUGUCAGAGACCAUAGGCACCCCCCACUGACACAAACAGACACACACUCCGAACGCUGAUCCUCAGAAACUAGGGAGAAGUGAAUAAGCGAGCUCUCUUGUUGGUAUUUGUAGGGUUUUGUAGAGCUGCUCAUUUCAGUCACCGUCUCUUGGUGGAUGUUUACCGCUGACGAAAAAACGGGUUUUGUGUCACGACGACUAGAAAAAGAGGCCAUGUAUCUCGGAAAGUCUUUACGAAGUAAUUGCGUUCUCUACUCCUCUCUGCAUGGCUAUAGAUUUCACAAAUUAGGAUGGGUUUGUGUCAGGUAAUGCUGCGUAUCGGAUAUAUAGUUGUACCAGGAAGGGGAAUUAUGGUGUCUGAAUAUAGAUCAUCACACUUAACUGUAAUUAGCCGACAGAUCCAUUGGUUUCCAGAGACAUGAUUCCAUAAUCAAACACCAAUAAUUAACACUUCUGGAUAACCUUUUCCCAGUCUGGCUGUUCCUAGACACAGCUGUUUGAUGCAUGUGUUUACAGCUGCAAUGCUAACGUAAUCUGAGAGGCUGAAACCACUUGUCAGUGCACUGCAAUUUACUCCCUGGUAAUUAAGUAUUUUAAAAUACACAAAUGAAUGACUGUUGGCACCCAAACAGAAAGCAAUAUAAUUCCUGCUCUUGAUGCAUCAAACAUAGUAAACCCAUCUAGUUCCUUUGGCAUGAAAAUGGGUAAAAUCUUUAGUUUUGGAUAUGUUAUUUACAUAUUGAGUCUUCUUUGCUGGCUUGCUAGCAUUAGCCACAUUUAGGACUCAGCUAGUUGUGUUCAGAGUCUCUGAUAUUUCUGGGGUUGUGGUGUGGCUUAAACUUCCUGUUUACCACGCUUGUCAUUGUUUACAGUAUAAUACAAAUGGAUUGUUGUUAUAAUUAGCCAGUUUACAAGCACAUUCUUUAGCUAAUACAAUCGUCCGACAGCGCAUGGUUCCAUGAUUGCAUUUUGGCCGUUGCUUUCUGCCUCGAUCGUUUGCUCUCACCACGGACUGUUUAACUGCAUGCAACCAAAGCUAGCUUAAACAUGAUUGGUCAAUACUUCCCGUACUAUGAAUCUAAAACCAGAACGCUUCCAAUACCGAAAUCAAGUUUCGUAGCAUUCAUAUGUAAAAUGUGUUUAUUUUAGGAUGUUUGAACUCUGUAGCUUCAUUGUGUGAACUCUUGGAGAGCCGCAUGCAGUCACCAUGGCUAACGCUAAGCUAGCUGUUUUUGGCCAGUAAAUACCUCCAAAUCAUUCGUUGGCUAAUUGUUGAGCCAAAAUCCCUUGUUUUAAUUCUACCUGCUAAAUACAGACAUUGUGAGGUGUGAGGGUGGAGACAUUCAACACAGUCUCAUGGCAUUUCGUGUUAUAGUCACGAAAUUAAUCUAUUGAUUCGUGUUCAUCAACACGAUUUCGCAAUUUUUGCCAACAGAACACAGAACCAUUUCAAAAGCAAUGUACCGUAAUUUUCGGACUAUAAGGCGCACCUGAAUAUAAGCUGCAGCAGCUAAAUUGAAUGAUGUGUACAUAUAUAAGCCGCACUGGACUAUAAACCGCAGGUGUUUUAAUGUUUAAUUACCAUAUGUAAGGGUUCGUGCACAGAGGGGAUUGUCGGGAAAGAGAUGGCUGUUUGAGGAAGCUCCCAUUUAUUAACAUUUCAACAAACAAGUUGCAUAUUUGCAUAACUUAUUCAAGUGUUACCAUUUAGUGCAAUAGUAGCUACAGAACAUGUGCUGUGUAAACUGUACUGUAUCACAUAGCGUUUCAGACACACAAACUUUUCAACUUUCAAACUUAAACGGUGCGCUCCCAGCGCACGUACCGGCAGUGAUCUACAGCAGUGGUUUUCAACCAGUGGUACGGGGACCACCAGUGCACUUCCUUUGCACAAACUGUCUCGCUCUCGUAAUGUCUGUCUGUCUUGCUCUCGUUCUGUCUCUCGUACCACUCUCGGUUCCACUUUUACUUUUGCGCGCUACCUGUCUCACUCUUUUCCGGCCUCCAGCUUUUCCUGCUUAAAGGUGGGGGGCGCGGACCGGCCAUAGAGCCCAUAGAGUUAAAGGUGGUGGACUGUAACCUGUAAAAUCCAUAGAUUUAGGAGGUCCCCUAGUGGCCGUUAGCUGUAAAAAUCCAUAGAUUAGCCGCACCGUUAUAUAAGCCGCAGGGUCGAAAAAUGGGGGGAAAAGGCGCGGCUUAUAGUCCGAAAAUUACGGUAAAUAAUAACAAAUUAGAAGGAAAAACAGAUUUAAAAAAAUACAGAUUUCAGUAUUCUGAGGCUCUGAGCCCCAUUUAUUUUCCUCGCGGACGGCAAAAGAACUCUGACAUUAUACCAUUUAAAAUAAAAGGGAUAGGGUUAGGCUUAGGGUAAGAUAUUUUAGGCUUAGAGUAAGAUAUUUUAAGAAAAUGGUUUAUGAACCACACAGCUUCCGGUCUUCCAAGACCCGACCGGACAAAAAGACGUGGUGCAGGCACGAAACAUACUACCAAUAGAAAUACAUUGCUUUUAAAUCGUUCUGUGUGACACGAAACAAAUGGGAAAAUCGUGUUGGUGAACACGAAUCAAUAGAUGAAAUUAAUUUUGUGACUAUAACACGAAAUGCCGUGAGACUGGGUUGAGACUUUGGAGUUAUUUAAAGAAAAACUAUGGUAUAUUUCAACCUGGCGUAUUUCCAUGCAGAUCAGUGGAAGCAGUUUCCUGUGGUUCUUCAUUUCGGACCGCCAAGCUGCUUUCCUGCAAUCCAUCCAAAUUGUAAUUAGAGUGAUUUAGUAAAGGUAAUUAAGGUUUAAAUUGUCAUCAUUUUAGAUUCACUCGUAUUAAACAACAUCUAAAGUAAAAUAAGCAUUAGCAUGAGGACAUUUCCUAAAAUGUACAAUGGGUUUUAUUUCAUAAACAAAAAAGAAUACAUUAAUAAAACCGCGUAUAAUCUUACAUGGUCCAAGUCGACCACAUUUCAGCCAACCUCCCUUUUGAUGAUGGUUUAAUCUGUAUAUACAAUUUGAAAUGAUUAUUCGUUAUUUAUUCCCUUUGUCCUUACUGCUUCAAGCAUCAGUACUGUAACACCCUGAAUAGAUGUGCAACAAAAUAAAAAAUGUACGACCCAUAGUGUCACAAAAGCCACAUUUAGUGGGAAUAUGCCAGGUGGAAUAACGUUUCUUUAAAGGCACAUUUUACGGAGCUGGGUUAAAUAAUCAAUGUAAAAUAAUGUAGCCAAGUACUUUUGGUGACCAGUCAUUUGAAUAGCAAUAAUUUAAAAAUAAGUUAUAUAUAAAAUGUCUUAAGUUACAUGUUGUCCAAUGCUGGUAAUUGAUGAAUUCACUUGCUUUCAAAAGGCAUCCACACCACAUAUUCUCACCUCCUCUUCCUCUUCCUCCUUCUUCUUCUUCUCGGUACAGAGCAGUUUAACCGGCAGUGUUACUCACUGAUUGAAUUCACCUUCAUUUGUUAUCGUGAGGACACCAGCCAUGCCGCAGUGCAUAUGCCUGGCACAUGCUAUAGCACAUCAGACAGGUGGUGGAACCUAAUCAAACGGCAGCGCUUACCAGAAGUCACACACUAUUUAGCACUUUCUCUCGCUCCCUCUCCUUUUUUCUCGCUUUCUCUCUCUCUUUUUGUCUGCUUCCUGGCACGCUGUCAUCUCCCCGACCUCCCUCUGUGCAUCCAUGUCCAUGGAAGCUUGAGCGAUGGCUACCAAGCACUUUCCUGGCGUUUGGUACCCAGCGACACAAGCUGUUGUAAACCAUGGUAUUCCAACUUUGUGUGCGUGUGUGUGUGUGUGUGUGUGUGUGUGUGUGUGUGUGUGGUGUGUGUGUGUGUGUGUGUGUGUGUGUGUGUGUGUGUGUGUGUGUGUGUGUGUGUGUGUGUGUGUGUGUAUUGGGGGAGAACUGUAGUCAGCUACUGCAUGGCUGACUCCAGAUUCACUCCCUAAUACACCCUCAUGCUCACACACUCCAGCACUUGAAAGGAAACGGGCUUACGCAAACACAGGGCGGGAUGGAUGACCAGAUGCUUUGAAAUACAUUAUUCACAUCCGGAGAUUUGUUGGUACCAACUUGCUACCUUUUGAAAAACUGCACCAAAGUGGAUUUAUGUAAAAAAACAUUUUAUUUAUGAAUUGAUAUUUUUCACCCAACCAGAAACGCCAGUCAGCCAAACUCCCCAAUUUGCAUCCCAAUUUGAUGGAGCUGUGAAUGUACGAAAGCAGAUAAAACGAGCAACCGAAUCAAACUUUAAUGAGAGGGAAUGAAUUAGCAAUAUAAUGUUUGUAAUGCUGCCACGGCUUCUCCACUUCACCUCUCAAAGAUGUGAAAAACCUGUAAAGCAAGUCUGCUGGAGUGCUGCUGGCAUGCUUUUGUAAUAAGAGAUCAGCAGAGAACGGGGAUCAUGAAUACAAAAGCAUGAAUGGGAUAUGCAUGGUGUGAAUAUGCAUCAAACACAUCUGCGCUUAUGCUCUCGCCCAGCGUGUUUCAUCUGUGGCUUACUGUCUCUUUGACUUGUAUUCCCAAGAGGUGCCAUGCUAUUUAAGUGGGUCACUUCAUAUAUAUAAAAAAGUUUUCUGGCCCUCUAAAAAGCCCUACCAAAAUAUUCUGUGGGGUCUGUCCUUAAUCACUCUGAAUGCAUUAGAGGUUGAGAACAAACAAGGAAUGACAGCAAGUAAACAAGCAAUAUGCAUCAGUAAAGCAAUAAGCGCCCGACCAUCCUCACCCUAUCCUUAUUUCUCCGUCUGUCUGGAGCCUUCCUCCGAGUUUGGGUGCUAAUGAGGGUCCGGGUGUUCAAACCCAAAGGAGAGAUGACCAAAAUGUUGAGCUUGGGAGCAGAUGAAGGGAAUAAGACAGAAACAAGAUAUAUGGGGUUGCAUAAAAGCUGCUGUUAUGGCGAUGUUUGUUUCUCAUUGGGUUAGUCUGGACCUCCUAAAAACAAUAAUUCUGGGUUUUAUCCCCUCUGGUGUAACCAAACAAAACGUUUUAUAAGCAUGGUGUAACUGCAGCUGAAAGGGGAAUUGGUCUUUACUUUCAAAUGCACAAUUUCAUCAUCAAAUCUAUUGUUGUGGUUGGGUCUUGGAGGACUGAACUCCUGACAGAACUGGAGGUUGAACACAAUGGCAACUUCAGGAUUUACAAUUACAGGAGUCUAAAGUACAGAGCCCCAGGAAAGGCUACCAGCAAACUUUUGACAACUUCCUUCAAGUUUCAUUGCCUGACAUGUCUCACAACGAUUGGCCAACAAGAGUUUAAACGAGCACCGAGAACUGCGGACGUCGAUAUAUCCUCUCGCGCUUUGGGGGUUGUGCAUCCAAGGUGCCACAAUCACAAGACUCAAUCGUGCUGAUGUGCUGGAAAACACCUUUUAGUGUUAAUUUCCCUGUGGUCAGGCAUCCUGGAUCUUUUUUCUGCUUCAAUGCUGGAUGGACAUGGUUGGACUGCAUGGAAAAGAGUUGAAUAAAUUAGACUGAAAAAGCCUCUGAUGAGCCACAGUUUUGCCUCUGUUGUGGACAAUGUACAUACUUGAACACACGCACAUACACACGAAACACACAUUAUAUAUCUUCCAUACAAUGUCCACAACUUUGUGGUACGAAACAGGACCAAAAGCCUUGAAUCAGGAGAAACUGAGUACACCUAACUGAUGCUUAACCAUCCAAAACAGUGAGAAUGCUGACACUGUCUUGGGUCGUCAGCUUAGAGUGCUCUUCCUCAAUCUCUCCUGAUUACCAGACAGACUAUGGCGUCACUCGCUCAUCUCAGAGCUAACUGUUGUUUGUAAAACGUCCUCGCUAUAAAAAGAAACAAUGCAAGUAUUCUACCGCAGGUUAUCUGAAUGCAACCUGGUAGACAUACUUGGGCUCCAUGAUCCCUAGCGAUAUAUAGAUUACGGUGUAUGGUUCAAAUUGUGUCUUUGUUUUCUGUCGGUUUGUUCUUUUUGUACUGUGUUUUUUCAAGGAUUAAACUCCUGUCAAAAUAAAAAAAAUAGUUAAUUUGACCAAUGGGAGUGCUUCCAAAUGUUAUACUCAUGGCUGCCCCCCCCCCUCCCCGCUCCCACCCUCCUUCCUUUACCCCCCGAGGAUGUCAUAUGUUUGAAGCUUGUGAUCUUUUUUAGUUACAUUGUAAGCUAUACAUUCACUCAUGUAUUUAAUGUUAAAAGAUAUUGCAUUGUAUCCAAGUGCUUUGCCAACACAUUAGCUGAAAGUCGAGAAAGGAAGAUUUCUUGUACAGCUUUUGCAUCUGCAAAAAAAAACGAAAAAGAAAAAAAAUCAUGCGUUGUUUCAUGAUAAUUUGUAAUAGGCAGCGAUAGGCUGUCUUGGAUUGCUAUGUACUACUUGUGUAUAUAUGUAUGCUGUACCACUUGUCUGCUGUGAAAUUUGUUGACUACUCAGCUUAUAUAAGGGCUUUUUAUAGAUAUAAAAGCAGACGGGGCAAUCUGACGUCACUCUGUAACUCAAGACAAGUUUCCCUAGAGUUUCUUUUUUUUUUUUUUAGGGAUGGAGGGUUAUGGACAGAUUUUUCAUGCAUAAAAAUGCUAUAUACUGACUGUCUAACAGUGGAAAUGUCUAUAGGCACUCAUACGACGUUGGCCCAUGUGUCCUGUUUGAAUAAAUCUUUCGAGAAAUAUAGCAUUCAUUUGUCAAUCUUA